AUAAAGUUGAAAGUGGAUUGAUUCCAUCACCCACCACUAAAGGGAGAGAGACGGCAGCUUUUGUUUUGCGAAUUCAUCGGCUUCCUCGCCGAAACAUAAAAUCCGAUUUUCGAAUCCAUCGCUCUCUCUAUCUCGCUCCCCAAUUCUCGGCUUAUCUCGGGUUCUCCCAGUUAACAAAAUUGUCCAUCGAUCACUUCCCUCUCUCUCCCCUACUUCUCUCAGCUCGCUCCAGGGAAACAUUGAUAAGGAAUAAAAUUGCGACUUCCAUAGAGAAAGGAGGACAAUUGUGGCCAAACAGUCCGUAUUCUGUUAACAAGAUCAUAUUAAGUGAUCAUAAUUGUACAACCAAAUAGAAAAGAGGGAUUUCGCACUAAAAACGGGAGAGAGAGGGUACUGGUUCGCAGAGGCAAUUGAACUUCUGCGAGCUUAUAGUCUUCUCUUGUUCUCCAUUUAUUUGUUCGAGACAAUACAUCUUGAUGCCAAUACACUGCGGCAUUGAGUUUUGUUGGUGAGAUUGGAGAAUUCUUUUGGAGGGCAUUCUGUGAAAGAAAGGGAUUGGAGCUGGCACUAUGGGUUCUGUUUGCUGUUGUUUGCAUGUUGAGGAUUUUGAGGAUUAUAUGAAUCCUAACAGUUCUGUAUAUAGAAAUUGCAUGUGUCUCAGUUGCUUUGUACAGAAUUUUCUUCAUGUGUAUUCCUCAUUAUUUGGAAGAGGGGAAGUGCAUUCUGUCCCCUCAUCCAUUCAGGGGACAGCUUCUAUGACUUCUGCAUCACUUGACAACUCUCUCUCUGACAUGUACCGAUCUCCUCCAAGGCCCUUACCUUAUGAUGCCGAUCCCAGAUAUUUUCGCUUGCAGCGUGAUGGUCUGGUUUCAAGACGUGAGAAGGGCUCAAGUCAUUCACAUGAGGAAUCAGAACCGUUAAGAAGUGAAAAUGAUGCCGAUUCUGAUUCCUUGAGCACAGCAGACAAAUGGUCUGCAUCUGCUUGUGAAGAAGGAUCCAAAGAACAGCGUGCUAGAUCCUCACUGAAGUUUUCAUCAGCGAAAACUGUUGGGAUUGGAUACAUUUAUUCAUCCUCAGAAGAUGAGGAUGUCUGUCCAACCUGCCUUGAAGAAUAUACACCAGAGAACCCCAAAAUAGUGACUAAAUGCUCCCACCAUUUCCACCUUGGUUGUAUUUAUGAAUGGAUGGAAAGAAGUGACAGCUGCCCAGUCUGUGGCAAGGUAAUGGUAUUCGAUGAAACGACUUGAACUUAGCUUAUAGGUUUGUGUUGUGGAUGAAACCAGCAAGAACAGGGAGAAGAAAGAAAGGCAAAAGGAGACAUUUAGAGUUUCUUUGUGAAUAUUGUAGGUUAAAGUGCUUGUUAUCUGUGGUAAAUAUUAAAUUGUUCUGAUAACAAUCAUUCAAAAAAUACGGUUUCUUCAAAAUGCCCUUCAAAAUUUUUCAUCCAUAUGAAUGGAAAUCUGCUUAUAGUUUCAGGAAAA